AUGGCGACCUCUGAGCGUUCUUCCUCAACCGCUGCACCUUACUUUGAUGGCUCUGACUAUCGAUACUGGAAAACUCGCAUGAGAGCCCAUCUUAAUAGUAAGGGAAUAGGGAUUUGGGAAAUCACUCAGGAUAUAAACUAUGUGAUUCCUGCGACUCGUGUGACUCAAGAUGACAGAGAUAAGUAUCACGCCAAUAAUAAGGCGGUGGAUAUUCUGUUUGCGAGUCUGAGUCGUGCUGAGUUUGAUCGAGUCGAGGAUCUAACUCUUGCUCAUGAGAUUUGGUCCCGACUUCAGAGUUUCCAUGAGGGAAACAGCCAAGUGAAGGCUAGGCUCUUUGAGACCUACAGGCGUGAGUAUGAGAAUUUUGUUCAUUUGCCUAGCGAGUCUGCCGAUGCUUUGUUUCAGCGAUUCUUGGCUAUCGUGAACAAGAUGAAAGCAAACAUCACCAUUCUACCCUACACCGAUCACAAUAGAGCUUUGAAGAUCAUUCAUGCUUUGGAUCACGAGGUGUGGGGUACGAAGGUUGAUGCAAUCAUCGAGUCACCAAAUUACAAAACGCUUUCAACUGACGAACUCUUUGCCAAGUUGAAGUCCACUGAAGUUGACAAGAGGCUCCGAGCAAAACAAGGGAGCCCUACUAAUCCAAGUAGUAUGGCUCUCAUGUCUGGCUCUGGACAGCCUAAGGCUUUGAGUAACUCUUCUUCUAUGUUGUUUGCCUUGUCUUCUUUGCUUUCUGUUUUAGAUGAGCAACUGGAGGUCCUUGAUGAUGAUGAGCUCGCCCUGAUCACAAGGCGGUUCAUGCGCUUCAACGACAACCACAAGAACUGGCGAAGAAGCAACAACAACUGCUUUGAAUGUGGCAAGCCAGGACACUUCACCGCCGACUGCCCCGAUAAGAACAAGACCAGGAGCGGGUACUAUGUCAUGGCCCUCAACACCGACAACAAGAAGGAUGACAAGGAAAGCGACUCUGACACAGAAACAGAGGUAAAGGCUACUCCUAAACAACUUUCCUUAAAAAUUGAAGGAUUGAAUGAUUGCCUGAUCAAUCAAGAUAAGUUGAUUAAGAAGGUAGCUCGUGAACGAGUUGAGCUUAAGGCUAAGUUAGAGAGUGCUUUGAUUGAGAUAGAUAUGCUUAAAUCUGCUCCUAUUGUUUCUGAUAAUGUUGAGUGUAAUGAAUGUGUUGUUCAUAUGGAUAGUCUUGCAUCUUUACAAUCUAAGCAUGCUUUGUUGGUAGAUGAAUUGGAUUUGACUAGGGCUGCUUUAGAUGAGGUCAAGACUAGGCCUGUUUUGCUUGGUGCAUCUGCAGGUGAACAUGAAAUGGGACAAAGCAUUUUUGAAGAAGAGGACAAGCGUGCUGAUAGUGGUGAUGAAGAAAAUGAUGAGGUGAACCGUGCUCCAGCUACUGCUCCUAUACCUUCUACUUUGACUACAAGAUUUGAUGGCCCUACCUCUACUUCCACUACUUCAAGCCAUCACCAAGUACCACUACAAGAUGAUGAAGAAGAAGAUGAGAGUGAACAAGCUAUUGUUGAGGGGGAGGCUACUUCAGAGAGAGGAGUUCCACGACACAUUCAACGCUUCACCGAGACCCUCUCACCGCCAAGUGGUUAA